CAACCACACCACAACAUAAUAAUCGAAUACAUCACAGCAUAACACACAACUAACCACGACACAAAUCCAAACCAUGAGCGCGAUCCUCAGCGCUGACGACCUAAAUGACUUCAUAUCCCCAGGCGUUGCCUGCAUAAAACCGAUUGAAACACUUCCCGCCGCUCCCAAUCCGCCGCCGGCCAACUCCUACGAAGUUAUCCUAGAAGACAAAGCGCCCCCAACAGAUCUCCCACCCGCACAAAUUUCACUAACAGACUGCCUCGCCUGCUCUGGCUGCGUCACGUCUGCCGAAGCGGUCCUCGUCUCCCUCCAAUCCCACAACGAAGUCCUAGCGAAUCUAAACGCUCACCCGAAGAAGUUAUUCGUAGCGCUGAUAUCCCCGCAGUCGAAGGCGAGCCUUGCUACAGCUUAUGGUGUCAGCGCCGAUGUUGCUGGACACAUGAUUGAACGAUUGCUAUGUUCUCCAGAGGGGAUUUGCCGAGAGGGCAGGGGGUUCGAUCUUGUCCUAGAUACAAAUGCUACUAGGGAGGUUGCGGUGAGAUGUGCUGCUGAAGAGGUUGUUAUGGCUAUGCAGGGGGGUAAAGAUGGAGUUAAUGGGAGGAAAAUGCCGAUAUUGACGAGCGCGUGUCCAGGUUUUGUGUGCUAUCUGGAGUCUACCCAGCCGGCGUUGAUCCCACACUUGUCGAGACUGAAGAGCCCGCAGGCGAUUUUGGGGACAGCAGUGAAGUCACUAUUGCACAAGGAUGUGGAGGACGGAGUGAAGGGGAUUUAUGUGGUUGGUGUGAUGCCAUGCUUUGAUAAGAAGCUUGAAGGGGCGCGUGGCGAGUUGACCUCUGGGGCGUGGAUGGAAAGAGAGGGAGAGGUAGUCCGAGACGUGGACUGCGUAAUUACCACCCGGGAGUUAAUAUCUCUUGCGCAAGCCAGAGGUGUGGACUUUGCUACCCUCCCGCAGAGCCCACCACUCCCCCCCCCUUCUGGUAUCGCCUCCAACCUCCUACAAACCCUCAAACGCCCCACAGAAUCCACCACCACCAAAACUAGUCCCAUACCAGGAACCAGCGACGGCUACCUCAUCCAUAUCGCAACCCACAUCUUAACCCUCCACCCAACCUCCACCCUGCGUAUCGAGCCGGGCCGCAACUCGGACACAAUAGACUACGUAAUUUCCACCCCCGAAAAGACAAUAGCUCGCCUAUCCCGCUGCUACGGAUUCCGCAACAUCCAAAACCUUGUCCGCCCAGGCGUAAGGUCGGAGGCGGAGUACACUUAUGUUGAAGUCAUGGCCUGUCCUGGCGGCUGCACCAAUGGCGGUGGGCAAGUUCGGUAUGACGACGAGAUUAUCGCUUCGGGGCUUGUCGCGGGGACGCAGAAGGAGUGGUUGGGGAGGGUCGAUGAGACUUAUUAUUCGUCUGCUGAAGAUGAAGAGAACAGAGAGGAAUGUGCCGCAGCACAGGGGGAGUGGGUGGAGAGGUUCGUGGAGGAGUGGGAGAAUAGGACGGGCGUUUCUAAAGAUAAGUUACUGUUUACUGGAUACCGGAAGGUGGAGAAUGAUUUAGGGGGCAGGUUGAAGGAGGUUAGUGUUGUGGAGUUGGCUAGUAAGGAUGGCGGGGGGUGGUGAACUCUCUUGCUCUACUUUCUCACUCGGUGGUAGUUAUUUUGGUGUGAUAGAGGGGGAUAGGAUUUACGUUGGCGUUGGUUAGAUGUCUAAAUCACGGGUUUUCGCUAGUAGGGUAUCAUAAUAUCAUAGCAUGGUUUUUCGCCUGUAA